CGCGCCGACGGCGGACGAGUGCGAGCGGGGAGUGCGAGUGGGGUGCGGCGGCCGGCGAGUGGCGAGGCGCCUGCGCGGUGUCCGGGCCCCUGAGCCCGCGGCGCUGAGCCAGCCGGGACGGACAUGCGCGGGAGGGCGCCGUGGGGCAGCCGCGGCUCCGCGGGGGGAAUGCAGGCUACUGGUUGACCGCAGAUCCCUCAGCCUCAAGCGUGGAGACCUCCCAGAGUAAGACACCAUGUCCACGGCAGGAGUUGCUGCUCAGGAGAUUAGAGUCCCAUUAAAAACUGGAUAUCUGCACGAUGGCCAAGCCAUGAGGACCGUGAGGACCUGCUGGGGCGGCCGCAGUGAGUUUGAAAAUCACUUUUUGAACAUUGACCCGAUCACGAUGGCCUACAGCCUCAACUCCACGGCCCAGGAGCACCUCGCGUCUCUCGGGCACACGGCGACGCCUGCGGCGAGGGACGGCCCCGCCCAGAAGCCCAGCCUGGCCCCGCUGGUCAUCCCGCCGGGCGAAGACGGCGCGCAGCGAGGAGAGGAGCGCGUGGUGUGCGGUUUGCGGCGGCUCUCGGUGAACGGGCUGUGCGCGUCCCCCCCGCUCACCCCCGGGAGGAGCCCCCCGUCCCCCUUCCCCUGCGCGGCCCUCUGCGACCGGGGCUCGCGGCCGCUCCCGCCGCUGCCCAUCUCGGAGGACCUCGCCCUGGACGAGGCCGACUGCGAGGUGGAGUUCCUCACCAGCUCGGACACCGACCUGCUCCUGCGAGACUGCGCGCUCUCCGGCUUCAGAUACGACGUCCCCGGCCGGCGCAGCUUCCGCGGGUGUGGACAGAUCAACUACGCGUACUUCGACACCCCGGCGGUCUCCGCGGCCGACCUCAGCCAGGCGCCCGAGCCGCACGGCGCGGUGCAGAGUUCAAAUCCUCCCCCGCCCCAGAGCCACCGGAGACUGCGACGGUCGCAUUCGGGACCGGCCGGGUCCUUCAACAAGCCCGCCAUAAGGGUGUCCAGCUACAUACACAGAGCUUCUCCCAACUCAGACGAAGACAAACCCGAAGUGCCCCCCAGGGUCCCCAUACCUCCCCGGCCUGUGAAGCCGGAUUACAGAAGGUGGUCAGCAGAGGUUACUUCCAGCACCUACAGUGACGAAGACAGGCCUCCCAAAGUGCCGCCGAGAGAACCUUUAUCCCGCAGUAACUCGCGCACACCCAGCCCCAAGAGCCUCCCGUCUUACCUCAACGGGGUCAUGCCUCCCACGCAGAGCUUCGCCCCCGACCCCAAGUACGUCAGCAGCAAGGCUCUGCAGAGACAGAACAGCGAAGGAUCUGCCAAUAAGGUUCCCUGCAUUCUGCCCAUUAUCGAAAAUGGGAAGAAGGUCAGCUCGACGCAUUAUUACCUACUACCUGAGAGACCCCCGUACCUGGACAAAUAUGAAAAGUUUUUUCGGGAAGCAGAAGAAACACACACAGGCCCCCAACCCCAGCCCCUGUCUGCUGACUGCGGUGUCAUCCCAGCCGCAGACAAGCCGGACCCAAAAACAAAGCUGGACCUCGGUGGCCACAUGAAGCGCAAACACUUGUCCUAUGUGGUUUCUCCUUAGGCUCUGCGGUCGUGGUUCAGCAGGGGCUCCCUGGGAGCAGAUGGUUGGCAAGCCACUCUCCCGUUCAGUGGAGAUUCACAGGGGAGUGUUGCAGAUCGCAGAGCAGAAUAGCUGAACCCUCCAUCUUAGAGAGAGGGUCAGAGCAGCCACCAGGCGCCCUCAGGCUGGGAAACCCUGAUUUUGUUGGCGUUGCAGGAAAGUCUCUUCCAGCCUGGAAUGGAAAGCUGUGCCGGCGGGGAGGGAAGGCUGGGGAACCUUCGAUGUGUGUAUACAUUAGAGACCUAUAGAAGCCUGUGUGGCAGCCACGGGCCGUAGUCACGGGAUAACCAAUUAGUUGCUACCUUAGAGUAACAUGUAUUCAGAAUGUUAAAACAAGCUGGAGGAUGACUCCUGACUGAAAAUUGAGCAAAUGGGAAGAAAACACAGUAUUGUUUAGAUCAGAAUCAUUAAAAAACAAAAAACAGUAAACAACCAAAAAAAAAACAAAAACCAUUUUUGCUUAGUCAGUUUGAAAGGAUCUGGCUCUUGGGCCCAUGAAGUUCUGUCUCCUUUAUUUCUGCAAACAGUCUGUGCCACUGAGGGCGGGGCCCACAUCUGUCCCGUGGCCCUACCUGCCCAGUUUAAAAAUCGUCCCAAGGCCUGGGUCCCUCCAGUUUGCCUUCUGCUCCGUUGAGGGGAGGUUGGCAGUGUGCUUGGCAGCCAUGUUCUCACCUGUGCACAUGUCUCACACCUUGACAAAUGAGAAGGUUCCAGAAUCCAUAAAUCAUUUUUCCUGACAGUUCCUGCUCUGUUCUGCCCACUAGCGUGGCCCAUCGUAGCACGGGCCUUGCAGCUGCGGAAGGAGGGCAGGUUCAGGUCCUGUGGAGAAGCAGACCGUUUGCCCGUGGUCAGGAAGUCAGUUUUAAGCAAUUGUGAAACAGCUGUGUGACUGAGAGUCACUGGGAGCAUGUGUUGUGGUUUUGUGUUGGUGUUUUGUUGUUUGUUUGUUUUUUUUAAGACUAUUAAUACACAAAUACAGCACAAGCUGGCCUUGUGUUGCUGGUUCCUAUUCAGUAUUUCCUGGGGAUUGUUUGCUUUUUGAGUGAAACACUUGUGACCAAGAGCACAGUAUGUCUUAAUGGCACAGGUCACAUCAGCAUCUUCCUGCUUCUGGGACCGUCCCGAUUGGCUGCUUCACCCGGACUCAGUGAGACCUGUCACGUGCGCUGGGGCUUCCACACGCUUCGAGGUGUGGAUCUUGUAGAGACAAGCACAAAA